CUUAGUAGAUUUCUCAGCUGGCAAAUCAGAGAUGUAUUUCUUCCUCAAAGAAGGUCAGAUGUUGCCCUGAUGAACCAGACGGUGCCCAGCCAUCGCAGCAGCAGGGGAAGAAAGCCCAUUUUCAAACACCCAAACGACAAGACCUUUCUGCUUUCAACUGGGAAGGAUGUCUUACAAGAAGGAUCAACCCAAUGAUGAAACCCACUCCCAGUGUGUUAUCCCCAAACCUCGAGGAAACUGGGCACAGCUGAUGAAAUACAUCUUGCUUGCUCUGUGUGUCUUCAUCCUGUACCUCAGUGAACAAAGUCUUGAUCAUACUCUCCAGCGUCUUAUCAUCCAUUUCACAGCCCUGCAAGUUGGAGCACUACUUAAGGGGAUCUGCAUUUUCGUGGAAGAGGUGCACCAUCUGACAUCCAGGUAUUACGGGAGCUACCUCAAGGCCCUGAGUGCCUCCCUGGACUUACGCAGGCAGGCUCUAUUUCUGCUCCUGUGUGGGGCAGCCUAUCGGUUGCUCUUGAAAGAAGGUGGGCUGCCACUGUAUUCAGAACUGAGUCUCCUGUGCCUCUGCCAGCUUUUGAGUAUCAUAUUCGGCCUUCAGCACCCCUCAGCUGCAGAAAUCUCUGAAAUAUAUGAGCAGAACAACUGUAACGUUGCCCAAGGACUAGCGUGGUCAUACUAUGUUGGAUAUUUGAAGUUCAUUUUGCCUCGCUUCAAAGACUCAAUUCGUGAGUUCAACAAAGAACAUAACUUAUUGCGGAACUGUGAGAAGACUUGGAAAUUGCACAUCCUGAUUCCCCUCAGCUGUGACGUGUAUGCCGACCUGCAGAAGGUGGACAGUCAUCUUCAGUUCAUAAGCAACCUCCCAGAACUUCAAAUGGAUCAAGCUGGCAUUAAAAAAAGAAGCUACAAAAACAGUGUUUAUGGGAUAUGUGGUGAAGAUCAAAUGAUGAAUUAUUGUGUUCUAGAAUAUGCCACCCCUCUGCUGUCCCUCUACGCCAUGUCCCAAGAUGAAACUGCUGCCUUCAGCCGGCAAGAUCGUAUGGAACAAGCCAAGCUGUUCUGCAGAACUCUGGAAGAAAUCCUACAGAGAUCUAAAGAUUGUUCUGGCUGCUACCGGCUCAUUAUAUAUGAUGAUUCGGAAGAAAGUGAUAAGCACUUCCUGUCCAAGCUUAUCCUACAACAUAUAAGGCAGCAGCAGCACCAGGAGUAUGCAGUGUAUGAAAGGGAGCAAAACUGCAUCCAGACACAGAACAUUCUGCCUGAUGAGAACGAGCUCUUGAUCAGUGGUUCCGAUCAGCCCCUGCCUUUGCAGAGUGGUGCCUAUUGAAAUCCCUGGGUCACUUCCACUCGGGGGAAAGACCAGCUAAGAGCUGAACCUCCGUAUCGCUGGCAUGGUAAAAAGAUCUUAAAAUGCAUUUCUUCUUCUGGAAAACUAGUUCUUUUUGCAUAAACCUUUGAAGGGAAAGAUAAGGAACGUGUCUACUUAAUUAAAUUCUCUAAGGACUGUGGUGUUUUAAAACUGAAAACUACUUUUAUUUUUGGGUCCGAUAAGCUGAUGGAUUUUUCGUACUGCUCUGCUCUUUUUGAAAAGCUUAUAACAACAAUAAUUACUCUUAAUUAGACCUCUCUAUGUCAGCGGGAAGGGAUAAAUCUGCCAAAUCCCCCCCCCCUGGACAAGAGGAAAAAAACCCGUACCUUCAGAUCGGAGUUUGGAAAGAUUGACGAGGGUAACAAUUGAAAAGGAUAAACAAGAAACAAUGAAAGAGCUUACAAGUAAAAGAUAUGGCCUGUAAAAUGUCUGAAGGCUACGAUCAAACUGAGAGAUGAGCCAAGUCCAUUGAAAAGAAUAUUAAUAAACUUCAAGAUCAAAUUUCAGGAGUUUCACAAGAGCUCAAAGUUGUCAAAAGCAAAAUUAAAGAGCUUGGAAUUAGAGUUGAAUCAGAUCAAGAAAAAAAUAUCUAAUUUGGACUAAAAAAUCAAUGAAACUACUGAAAGGCUGAUCUACAUAGAGGAUAACCUCAGAAGGUCUAAUAUUAAAAUAAUGAAUUUUCAACUGCAACACGGACAAUACCUUUAAAAAGAGAUUAAAGCUUGGAUUAACUCCAUAAUAGGCACACAACAUCUGGUUAAACAAGACAUAGAAAGAGCACAUUCCCUGGGUAACCCAAAAAACUCCAGAAGUAGACCAGUGGUUCUGAAGUUUUUCAACUACACAAAGAACAAUUUAUGAGAAUAAUUAAACAAAAACAAGGCCAGCUAGUCUAUUGGGACAAUACGAUACAGAUCUUCCAGGAUUUAUGCAAUGAAUCUUUGAAUUGGAGAUCUAUGAAUCCUGUCACAGCAGUUGAAACACAACUUCAGAUAUCAAUGGGGUUAUCCUAUUUUUUUGAAAAUUUGGAAAUACAAGGUUCUGUUCAAAAUCUACUCUUGUGAUGAAGGUAAAGAAUUGCUGAAGGCCUGGAAACUCUGGCAACAAGAAGAGGAAAGUCAGGAGUCAACUCCAACUACAAGCAAAGAAAUAGAAGGGUGAACCAGAAAUGACCAGAUUUCUGGAA